GGGUGAGGUCUUCACGUCGGAGGAAGAGAUCCGUGGCUGCGGGAGGUCUCUGCGGACUGGGGCUGGAGCCUGACUGACCCGACAGUGCGGAAACAUGGUCCAUGGAUCAGUGACAUUCAGGGAUGUGGCCAUCGACUUCUCUCAGGAGGAGUGGGAGUGCCUGCAGCCUGAACAGAGGACCUUGUACAGGGACGUGAUGUUGGAGAACUACAGCCACCUGAUCUCACUGGGAAGUUCCAUUUCUAAACCAGAUGUGAUUACAUUACUUGAGCAAGAGAAAGAGCCCUGGAUGGUUGUAAGGAAAGAAACAAGCAGAUGGUAUCCAGAUUUGGAGUUAAAAUAUGGACCUGAGAAAGUAUCUCCAGAAAAUGGCAUCUCUGAAGUAAAUUUACCCAAACAGGUUAUAAAGCACAUAAGUACAACUCUUAGCCUCGAGGCCUUUUAUUUUAGAAACUACUCAGAAUAUGGAAGAUUUGAGGGACUACAGGGGUAUCAAGAAGGACAUAUCAAUCAAAAGAUGAUCAGCUGUGAAAAACUGCCUACUUAUACUCCUCAUGCUUCUCUUAUUUGCAAUACACAUAAACCAUAUGAAUGUAAGGAAUGUGGGAAAUACUUUAGUCGUAGUGCAAAUCUUCUUCAGCAUCAGAGUAUUCAUACUGGAGAGAAACCCUUUGAAUGUAGGGAGUGUGGGAAAGCCUUUCGACUUCACAUACAAUUUACUCGACAUCAGAAAUUUCAUACUGGUGAGAAACCUUUUGAAUGUAACGAAUGUGGAAAGGCCUUUAGUCUUCUUACCCUGCUUAAUCGCCAUAAGAACAUUCACACAGGUGAGAAACUGUUUGAAUGUAAAGAAUGUGGGAAGUCCUUUAAUCGUAGUUCAAACCUUGUUCAACAUCAGAGUAUUCAUGCUGGUGUAAAACCAUAUGAAUGUAAGGACAUCAGAGGUAUUCAUGCUGUGUAAACCAUAUGAAUGUAAGGAGUGGUGGAAAGGCUUCACCGUGGUGCACACCUUAUUCAGCAUCAGAAAAUUCAUUCCAAUGAGAAACCCUUUGCAUGUAGGGAAUGUGAUGGCCUUAGAUAUCAUUACCAACUUAUUGAACAUGGCCAAAUUCAUACUGGUGAGAAACCCUUUGAAUGUAAAGAAUGUGGAAAGGCCUUUACUCUUCUGACAAAGCUUGUUCGACAUCAGAAGAUUCAUACUGGUGAGAAACCCUUUGAAUGCAGAGAAUGUGGGAAGGCCUUUAGUCUUCUCAACCAGCUUAAUCGCCAUAAGAACAUUCACACAGGUGAAAAACCAUUUGAAUGUACAAGGAAUGGGAAGUCCUUUAAUCGUAGCUCAAACCUUGCUCAACAUCAGAGUAUUCAUGCUGGUGUAAAACCAUAUGAAUGGGUGAGGAAAGGCUUUGACCGUGGUGCGCACCUUAUUCAGCAUCAGAAAAUUCAUUCCAAUGAGAAACCUUUUGUAUGUAGGGAAUGUGAGAUGGCCUUUAGAUAUCAUUGCCAACUUAUUGAACAUUCUGAUCUACACUGGUGAUGUUUGUUUGAAUGUAAAGACUGUGGGAAAGCCUUCAAUCGUGGCUCGAGCCUUGUUCAACAUCAGAGUAUUCACACUGGUGAGAAGCCCUAUGAAUGUAAGGAAUGGGAAGGCUUUAGACUUUACCUACAACUUUCAUAUCAUCAGAAAACUCAUACAGGUGAGAAACCCUUUGAAUGUAAGGAAUGUGGGAAAUUCUUCCGUCGUGGUUCAAAUCUUAAUCAACAUCGAAGUAUUCAUACUGGAAAGAAACCCUUUGAAUGUAAGGAAUGUGGGAAAGCCUUUCGACUUCAUAUGCACCUUAUUCGACAUCAGAAAUUGCAUACUAGUGAGAAACCCUUUGAAUGUAAGGAGUGUGGGAAAGCCUUUCGACUUCAUAUGCAACUUAUUCGACACCAGAAAUUGCAUACUGGUGAGAAACCCUUUGAAUGUAAGGCGUGUGGAAAGGUUUUUAGUCUUCCCACCCAGCUUAAUCGCCAUAAGAAUGUUCAUACAGGUGAGAAGCCAUCUUGAAUGUAAGGAAUGUGGAAAAUCCUUUAAUCGUGUCUCAAACCAUGUUCAACAUCAGAGUAUUCAUGCUGGUGUAAAACCAUGUGAAUGUAAGGAGUGUGGGAAAGGCUUCAAUCGUGGUUCAAACCUUACUCAGCAUCAGAAAAUUUAUUCCAGUGAGGAACUCUUUGUAUGUAAGGAGUGGAGGAAGACCUUUAGAUAUCAUUACCAACUUACUGAACAUUACCAAAUUCACACUGGUAAAAAAAAAAAAAACCCUUUGAAUGUAAAGAAUGUGGAAAGGCCUUUAGUUUUCUGACACAGCUUGCUGGACUUCAGAUCAUUUAUACUGGCGAGAAGCCAUUUGAAUUUGAGGAAUGUGGGAAGGCCUUCAAUAGUGGCUCAAACCUUAUUCAACAUCAGAGUAUUCAUACGGGUGAGAAACUCUAUGAAUGUAAGGAGUGUGGGAAAACUUAGAUUUAGUUUGGUCCUGACUGCACAUCAAAGAAUUCACACUGGUAUGAAGCUGUGUGAAUGUACAGAAUGUGGGAAGACCUUUAGUUGUAGCUCAAACAUUGUUCAACACGUUAAAAUUCAUACUGGUGAGAAACCCUAGAAUAUAAGGAAUGUGGGAAAGCAUUUACUGUGGAUUAUCAGCUUUCUUAACAUCAGAAAAUUCAUAAUAGUUAGAAAUUUUAUGACUAUAAGGAGUGUGGACAAGCAUUCACUGUGUAUGAAAAAUUUACUCAACACCGGAGAGCUCAUAUUGAUGAGAAAUCUUGUGAACAUAAAAGAAUGUGUGAAGAACUUUCAUCAUGGCCUGGGAUUUGCUCAACAUCAGAGUAUUCAUACUUCCGAGAAAUCUCUGGGUGUAAGGAAUGUGGGGCGUUUUAUAGCCACACUAAAUACCUUAGUGUUUGGAGAAGAUAAUUCUUGUGAGAAAGUCUUUGAAUGAGGAAUAUAGGGUAGUUGUUAUGUUCACAAUAUACUCCCUAUGAAAUACUUGACCAGAUACAGGCAUACCUCACUGAAUUGUGCAUUGCAGUUAUUGUGUUUUAUGCAAAUUGAAGGUUUGUGGCAACCCUGUGGUGAGCAAGAUGAUCAGGUCCAUUUUCCAAACAUCAUGUGUGCAUUUCAUGUGUGCAUUUUCCAAA